AUGGAGAGUCGGCAGCACAACGCCACCAAGGAGCCUGAGAUCGAGCUGUUUGUGAAGGCUGGUCUGGAUGGAGAAAACAUCGGAAACUGCCCCUUCUGCCAGCGCCUCUUCAUGGUGCUGUGGCUCAAAGGGGUCAAGUUCAACGUCACCACAGUGGACAUGACCAGGAAACCUGAAGAGUUGAAAGAUUUAGCGCCGGGCACCAACCCACCCUUCUUGCUCUUCAACAGGGAGCUGAAAACAGACUUCAUUAAGAUCGAGGAGUUCCUGGAGCAGACCCUGGGCCCACCCACGUAUCCACGCCUGAGCCCCAAGUACAAGGAGUCCUUCGACGUGGGGAGUGACAUCUUUGCCAAGUUCUCGGCGUACAUCAAGAACCCGCGCAAGGAAGCAAAUAUCAAUUUCGAGAAGGCCCUGCUGAGGGAGUUUCAUCGGUUGGAUGUCUACCUAAACACUCCUCUCCCCGAGGAGAUUGACCAGGACAGCGUGGAAGACAUCACCGUCUCCAAGAGGAAAUUCCUGGAUGGAGACCACCUGACGCUGGCUGAUUGCAACCUCCUGCCCAAACUGCAUAUCAUCAAGAUCGCAGCCAAAAAGUACCGCGACUUUGAGAUCCCAGCAGACAUGACGGGCAUCUGGCGCUACCUCAACAACGCCUAUGCCUGCGAUGAGUUCAGCCACACGUGUCCCGCGGACGAGGAGAUAGAGCACACCUACGCCAGCGUCGUCAGGAAGAUGACCUAA